UUGAGUUUUUGACCAUUAUCUAUAUAUUAUUAAUUUAAUAAUCAUGAAUUAAUAAUGAAUUAAUUCAUUCAAAUAUUAACUUAAUUUUUUUGUUAUGAAUGAAUUAUACGAAUAACCUAGAGUUUUAUUUUAAGAAGUGUUAAGAUAGUAGAGUUGUUAUUUUAAAAAAAACAUGAAUUUUAAGGACAUUCAAUAAUUUAAGUAAGUGUCCGUAAAUGUAGAAUGUAUACCUUAUACAUAUCAUCAAAAUAAAAUUAGGAUUAUGUGAUUAUUGAAGAGAAAACGGGAGAAAUUUUUGACGUGUCGCUUUUUUGAGUUUCGUGUUCGUCCGCCAUAUUUGUCCUUUUAUAAAUUUAGUGUUUCGGUUUGGCACUAAUGCUUCGUUUCGUUUCAUGAUAAUUAAUUUGCAGCUAUGAAUAUAUUUAUCUGAUUUAAAAACCAGGCAGGUGGUCAGGAUGGUUGUUGGAUCCGCAACUUAUCCAGGGAGGCAAGUGCUCCACAAAAUGCAGCCAAUGGGCAUGACACCUCGAGAAUUGUCUGAAUACGAUGACCUGGCUACGGCACUUAUAGUGGAUCCUUAUCUUGGAAUUACAACACACAAAAUGAAUAUUCGAUACAGACCUUUAAAAACGAAUAAGGAAGAACUAAGAAACAUUAUCAAAGAAUUUAUUCAAACUCAAGAUUACAAUAAAGCUUACACGAAACUUGCCAAUGGGGAAUGGAUGCCUCGACAUUUUAGCAAAAACAAACAUCAACAAAAUAAAUUAAGAGAACAUAUAUAUCGUUAUCUUCGAGUUUUUGAUAAAAAAGCUGGUUUUGUGAUAGAACCUUGUUAUAGAUAUUCACUAGAAGAUCGUGUUGGAGCUAAAAUUUCAACAACAAAAAAAUUUUUUAAACAUGAAAGGAUAGAUUUCUUGGUAGGGUGUAUUGCUGAAAUGACAGAAGAAGAAGAAAAGCAGUUGUUGCACCCAGGAAAAAAUGAUUUUUCCGUAAUGUAUAGCUGUAGAAAAAAUUGCGCUCAGUUAUGGUUAGGGCCUGCUGCUUAUAUAAAUCAUGAUUGUAGGCCUACAUGUACAUUCGAAGCUACUGACCGUGGUAAGGCUUUUGUUCGUGUGUUAAGAGAUAUUGAUAUAGGUGAAGAAAUAACUUGUUUUUAUGGUGAAGAUUUUUUUGGCAAUGGAAACUGUUACUGUGAAUGUGAAACUUGUGAGAGACGAGGUAAAGGAGCAUUUUCUGUGCAAAAUGAGCAUAAUGAUGAGCAAGCAACAAGAUAUAGAUUUAGAGAAACUGACAAUAGAAUAAAUAGGACAAAAGCAAAGCAAACACAGAAAUCUAGUUGCAAAAAUUCUGAAAAAACUCGAAUAAGCAAUCGACAAGUCUCCAACAUAAUAUCUCCACUCAGUAUGAAAGAAAUGAAACAAAAAGGUUUGACAAAAUAUGAUGCUGAACUGUUAAUAGCUCAAGGAUGUAUUGCAGAUGUUGUUGAUGGAGCUGUUAGUAAAGAAGCUCAAAGUAGUAGAGAAUCAUCUGCUUCAAGCCGCGGUGAACGCUUACGCCGACGGACGGAUAGUGGACGUACAUUGAAUGGCAAUACCACAUCUACUGCAAAUCAUAGCCGAGCCACAUCGUCUCGUCGAUGUAGUAUUACUAGUUCACAUAGUAGUCGCGAUUCUCACUCUGGCAUAGUUUUAAGAAGUCAUAAACGUCUUACUGAAGCUUGUACUCAGUCGAAUUGUUCAAAAUUUAGAAAUUUAAAAACAAGUUCUGAAAGCAAAACAGAAAAUAUUUUUAAAACUGAACCUGAUCAAACUAAUUUAGAAAUAAAUACUUUGUCUCUGGAAGGUAAAUCUGUUCAUGAUCCUCAAAAAGAAUACUGUGAAUCUGAGUCACAGCGAGUUACUUGUAGUGAAAUACAUAUAAAUACAGAGAAUACUUGUGAUAUGAAAGAAUCUCUGCAGCAGAAUAUUGAAUUGCCUUCAUUAGUUAAAACAGGAACGUCUGAAAUGCAGAAUUGUAAUACUAAAGAACAAGCCGUAGAAAAUAUUAAAUGUAUGAGUGAUGAUGCACGUGUAAAAAGUGAAAUUUGUGAUUAUAGAGAAAAUGUUAAUCCAAGUGAUACAAAAGAUAGUAAAAUGAGUAAGCAUCAUAAAGGUGAAGUAUCAAAUCGAACAGAAGAAACGAAAAAAGAAUCAGAGUCUGGACCUCCAUGGUUGGCAGAUAAUUCAAAUAAAAGUAGCGAAUGUCCCUGCACACCACCGCGCAGGGGCUUGAAAUUGACCCUCCGUGUCAAGAGGAGCCCUGUGGUUGAAGAAGUUUUGGAAUGUGGAGGUACAGUGGAAGCCCCAGAAUAUGAAGUUUUAAGAUUAGAAGGUGUGGAUCCUGAAACUGCCAGGCGACUAAAGAAAAGACGUAGAUCGAAGGAACGGCAUCGUAAACAUAGCCCUAUCCGUCCCCUGCCUCCUAUGAAACGCUUAAGAUUAAUUUUUGGUAAUGAAAGUCGCACUAUCGACUUGCCCUCUGCUAUUUCGGCAGACUGACAGCCACAUCACUUUUGUGGUUUUGUUUCCACCGUUAAUAUUCAAUUAUUAGUUUAAUUAUUGUCACUGACUAGGAUUAUUUUUAUCUAGUAUUUAUUUUGUGACGUAAAGUUUGAAUUUAUUGAAGUAUUGUGAUAGCUAACAAAUUGUUUGAAUUGAGGAGUCAUUGAAAAAUAUUUAUUAAAAAAUUGAGUGUUAUUUCAUUAGCACAGUCACAAAAAUUUAUGUGGCUAAAUUCAAGGAGUCCAUAGAGAAAUUAUGACACAAAAUGCUAGAUUUGUAUUGUUUCUACUGGAUUUAUAUACAUAAAUACUUUUAUCAACUUUAAAUUUUUUAUGAUAAAAGACUAAUAUAUUGUAAUAGUAUCCUGUAACACUCAUACUGAACCUUUUUUUUACUUUGUAAACAUAAACAAGAUAUCUAUUUCCUGUGGACCAUUAUUGUUAGCAUUAUUCACAAUUUUUAUUUUAUUUCAAGUAACUGAAAACACAAGUCUGUAUUUAUUUUAUCUAUUGAAACGGCUUAUACACUUACUAAUAGAAUUGUGGAUUUAGCCUAUUUCUGUACAUGGCCUGCCAAGCUAUUAGCUGCCUCAGCUUGGAAGGUUGUGGGUAUGGCUAGUAUAACAUGAUCCUGAAUGUUAUUUAUUCAGCAUAUUUGUUUAGGUUUGAAAUUAUCUAAGAUAUUUAGGAUGUGUAUAUUGUUAAUAUGUAUAGUUAAAAUUGACAAGAAUUCAGUGAUUUUUGAGCUAUAAAAUUAAGGAUCAAAAGUACUGCCGGAAUUACCCUUAUUAUGUAAUUUAUAUUAACUAAAUUUUACAGUUAUGCUAGUCUUAAACAUAAUUAUGAAAUCAGGUAAAAAGCUUUAACGUGACCGGCCCCUCUUAUUACAAAAACAUUUCAAAAUUGUGUGCAAGAAUAAUAAUUCCAUCUGUGGCAAUAUUUUAAUUUGUUAAAUUAUAACAAAUUAAAAUAUUGCGUGCAGAUUUUGAAUUUUUUAUGACUUAAAUAUUUGUAAAACAUGCCAAGGUAUAGUCACUUCACAAACAUUUCAUUUAUGUUGCUUUUUAGUUUCAUGUGUAAUUCCGGCCUAAUGAAAUUACAGAUGUGGAAAAACUGUAAAUGAUGCGCAUAGGAAGUUGUUCAUAUAGAUACAGGAUUUAUUCUUAUUAUUUAUUUGAUGUGGUAAUCUUUAGACUGAACUGUGACGAAACCAGUCUAUUUUUUAAUUACUUUUUAACUUAAAACAAUACUUUAAUACAUUAUUACAGAAACUAAGUCCAGAGUAGAGUUGAUUAAUUUUAUCUUCAGCCAAAGCUAAAAAUAUACUUAAUUAUAAGAGAGUAGAUAUAACAUUUUUUUUAAACCUUUGUUUCAAAUGUCCUUGAGUUUUAUAAACUGAUUAAAAAGUUCUUUAUAGUAUUUGUUACUUUAAAAAGGGAUUACGUAUCUAACAUGUGUAUGAUGUUAAAAUUAUGUAGCAAGGGUAUUUGAGUUGUAAAUAUAUUAAUAAUAUGCCACAUACUUUUUAAGCUUAUAACUUAACUUUACACGACUAGAUUUCUUUAUAUAAUUAUUAUUGUACUUUCCAAAAAUGAUGCAACACCAAGUUGUCUUAAACCCAAGUUCUUAUAACUCAUAUUCAUUAAUUUAAUAAAAAUGAAACUUAUAUAACAUUGUACAUACAUUCCAAUUGUUGACAAAAUUUAGGCACAUGUUUGACUCUGUUUUUUGUGGUAUAUGUCUUAAUUAUUGUUACUUUAAAAUGUGAAAUUAAGGAAAAUAUUGUUAAGAUUAAUUUCAUUAUUUAUUUAUUUCAUUCAUGAUUUAUGCUUAAAUAUAUAAGCAAUACUGUUUCACUAUAAAAAGUGAUAUAACUUUUGACCUAAGGGUAUCGCUAAAUCACAUUAGACCUUAGUAAUCCUUGUAUCGUUAGUAAAAAUUUUUUUUUUAAAUUAUGGAUAGACUAAAACCACGUAAUGAAAAAUAGAAAAGUAUAAAUGUGUGAAGUUUAUUACACCUUUGAUUUUGUUGUCAAUUUCAACAAUAAUAAUGCGCAUCAUUUACGAAUACCUUGUAAAAACGUUUUGGUGAUGUAUUUAUGUAAAAUAAACAUACUUAUCUGCUAGUAAAAAAACUAGCUUUUGUGAUAUUCCUAGAUGGAAUAGUAUAUGUAAAAAUCCAGGUUAGAUGAAAUAAUUGCAUCUUGUUAUCAUAUUAGCUAUUAUGGAAUAUUUUCAUUUAAUUAUGAUAAUAAAAUGCCUCGACUCUU